AUGCCCUUCAAUGGUACAGUGGAUGAGGAAGAGUUCUGUGAGCUGCCGCCGUUGCUGGCUGGACGUGAAGUGCUUCCCUUCCUGCAGCAGUUUGGCUUCCUAGCCAACACGCCGCUGGAUUGGCAGAAGGGGCCAUUUCCCGAGCUCCGCUUAAGUGUUGCCAGCCACAGCUCUUCUGGAAGACAUGUCUUCUACAACGUAGAAUGUACCCUCUGGCGAGCCAGUCAGACGGGUGGCUACAGCUUUCCGAAGGAGGACUUGGCGUCCCAAGCUUGUCAACCCUGGCUGGUCUGGAGAGCUUCCAGGCGGCUUGCCCACUUACGGCAAGGCCUUCAUGAUCUUGUGAAGCAACACCUUGGCAGCAGCUACAAGACAUACUUCUGCCGUGUCCCAUUUGCACAGAGGUUCAGGCCAGCGGGAACGACGGAGCGCCUUGAUAACUGGUGCAGGCGAUUAGCCUACUGCCUUUCUUCCAGGCUUGUGCCUCCGAUUGUCGCAGCAAAUGUUCUAAGAGUUCUGGGAGCGCCGAACCUCAAGGACUCGGAGUUGCCAGGUGUCGACUUUUUUCAAGUGGACUCGAUGUCACCGACUGAGAUCCCCGAGGAGGGCGCAGAGAGCCUUACUACGCGCUCCUAUCCAUCGGAAGGCGUUCAAGCGCUUUCUUCGCCCAGUGCAACACCAGAGGCUGCUGUUCAGCACUCGGCACAAGUGCCGGUGCCACGGUGUGUUGACAUACUUCUCCCGGGGCUUGAGGAUGGAGACGACAGUGACGGCGAUCGAGUUGAGGCUCAGUCCACUGGGUCAUCCGCUUGA